AUGCUACUCGUAGUCUCCUCUCGCGAAGAUAUCGAGGAUACUCUGACUUGGGAUUUUUAUUAUCUUACACUACCCAAGUGGUGGUGUGCGAAUGCCCACACCACUUCUCUUGACGAUCCUCUGGGCUCUGCUCGAGAGAUUGGUAAACUGAGUGAGUUAAAAGAUUGCAAAGUAAGUGAGUGUGUGACAAAGACGAAGAGGAAGAAUAAUAAAAAAAUAAAUAUAUGCACACUUAUGGAUCAAUCUACUAGUACAAUAUGCAAUAUACUUCAGCGGAUACGUUAUUUUGCGAUGGAUGCGCUAAAAGACUGCCCUUAUAUACGAAGAAGAAGUAACCCCCCAGCGUAG